AUGGCGUCGCUUGAGACGUCUUUGAGGACGGGAGAGAUUUCUCCUCGGUUUGAUAAACUUUUAAAAGAUGUCGUCGAUGAUCUGAGCCCAGAAGAACUUAAAUAUGCUGUAUCGUCUAUCAAAACGAAUUUUGAGAAGGGAAAGUUCGCGGAUAAAGGAGAUCAGGAUUUAUAUUCAUGCCUGCAUCUUUUUGCAAAUCAGGGUCUUGUGUCGGAGGACAAUUUGACUUUGUUGGAGAAGUUUGUGGUAACUCCACAAACAUCUAAGAAGGAAGGAAUUGAGUCAAAGAUUAGAGGUUUCAAGGCAAUCCGCUUGCAAGAGAUUGAAGAACCAACGGUAGCGACAAGAAAGGAAUUAACCGGGAGACACAGCGAUUUAGAAAAUGUUAUGUCGAAGUUAAAAACUGGUGGAUCAAGCGUCUUGAACCUGUAUGGAUCAAGCGGUGUCGGAAAAACGAGACUUGCGACUGAAGUUGUAUCUCAGUGGCAAGGAACAAUGAAAUUCAAAGUGGACUUGAGAGAAGUGGAGAGGAUGGAGGACGUUCACUUCCAAGUUUUGCAGGCAUUGAUGAUCGGAUCAAAGGAGACAACAACUGUGAGCUAUGAAGCGAAUCCUGUUAUUUUUAAAAUGCGGCAGUUGAGGCAACGGGGACUAGGGGACAUAUUGUUGCUUCUAGACAAUGUAGAUCAAUUUUCGGGCGUAAACAGCAAGGCUGCCACUAGCCUCAAUGAUGAUUUUGUCACUUUCCUCCAGCGACUUAUCAGUGGUCAAGCGAAAUCUUCAUUGAAGAUUCUUUUAACAUCUAGGGGUGCAUUUCGUCACGGUGUGGAUAAUUACGAAGUGAAAAGUUUGGAAAAGAUCUCUUCGGGGGAGCUCCUUCAAAGGCAAGGGACUCCGGCUAUUCAAGGCAGUCAGAGAGAGAGACUAGUCGAGAUGUGCAGAGGAAAGCCACUAUUGCUUAAUGGAAUGGCAUCAAUCUUAAGACAGGAGAUAGCUGAUGCAGAAAGGCUUCUUGGAACCAUUGAACAGGAGUUAGAGGUGGAGCCGUCCCAAGACGCUGGAGAUGAUGAGGCUGAGAAGAAAGAAACGUUUGAUGCCAAAGAAGAAGGUAUCGAUGAGGAACAGCUGUCAUGUUUGAGAAAAAUUUUCUUUUUUCUUCCAAGUAAAACACUUCAAGAGUCUGCUGUUUCAGUGUCACUCUUCUGCCGCCCAUUUUCAUUGGAAGCAGCCUCUAAGAUACUUGGUGUAAACGUUUCAGAAGCUGCAAUAAGAAUGGAAGGAAUGCGUAACAGUCAGGUGGUGUCUGUUGUGCCCGAGGCAAAAGAGCUGUUGUAUGAUUUACACCCUUUGAUGCGAAAGUUUCUGAAAAGCAUUGGUAAUAUCAAGGCUUUCGUGGAUGCUUUCCAGAAAGCAAAAGACAACUUUUGCAAGCAUUUCAUUUCUCAGUUGACGACCAUUGCAGCCCUUUUGGACAAGGAGUAUGUAAAAGCAUUUGACAGCUAUGAUUUUGAAAAACUCAAUUUUGAACUUGCCUUGGACAUUUCUUUAAAGUCCGGCUACCUUCUAAUUCCAAGACAACAUCAACAAAGCGUUAUGAUUUGUUAUUUAUUGGAAGCCAUGGUCAAUGAUCAAAAGCAAAGAAGAAAGAUUUUUCAUGCCUGGGCUGAAAAGGUCGAGGAAGAUGGAAAACAAGGUGAGGAGGAUAAGUUCCUUUUAUAGCCUAAGAAAACAGUCAUUAAUUUUGUCAAUGCCCAAGACUCCUUAACCCUUUAGGCCCCAAGAGUGACCAACAUCAAUUUUUUCCCAACAACAUCAGCAGAUCAUCAAGAGUAAAGGUUAUGAGAAUUCCUAAACUGAUCACCAAAGGGAGAAUGCUUUGAUCUUAAACCAAAACCAAAUUCUCUCAACUAUUCUUAAAUAAACUGUAUGGAGAUAUGCCUGGAGAAUUUGUUUGUGGAUCUUGGGUCUUAAAGGGUUAACUUGAGCAUUGACACAGAUUCUUUUCGGAUAAAAAUGUUUUUUUCAUUUUUCCGCUCUCUAUUUUUCUCGGCAGGUUCCAUGUUUCGAGCAGAAAUGCGCUGUUGGGAAACUUUGCAGGUGCUUAAUCUUGAAGGAUGGCGUAAGGCUGCAAACGUUGUUCAAGAGGCCAGGGAGUUGCUGAAGAGGGUCCAGAGUGGUAGCAAAAAGACUACGCUUUUCAAGCUCGCGAAAAGCUUUUGUCUGUUUGUUGAAGGAGAAGUCUUCUGCCGAGCAGGGAAUUCGCCAAAAGCGCUUAAACUUUUGAGUAGUUCCUUGGAAAUAAUGGAAUACCAAUUAAAAAAUCACACAAGUACUUGCAGAUGUUUGAAUGCCAUUGGAAAUUGCUACAGCAAUCUCGGGGAACCAGAGGAAGCGAUUAAGUUUUACACAAGAGCGUACGAAAUGCGUCAAAAACUUUCUGGUUCAAGGGAGCACUUUGACUUGCCUCUGUUUAGAAGUCAAAUUGGGACAGCUUAUGAAUCUAUGGCCAUUCAAGAGUACAACAAAAAGAGAACCAUGACACCCCAGGCCGAAAAAAACUUUCGCAAGGCUAUAGAAUACUAUCAAGAGGCAUUAGAUUUAGCCAAGGAACUCAAACUCACUGGGAUUCUAUACACAGCACUUUAUAACAGAAACAUUGCUAACGCUCACUCAUGGCUCAUGGAGUUUGAGGAGGCAAAAACAUUUGCUUCUAAAGGGUAUCAGAUUCGAAAAGAUAUCCUUGGCAAACAUCCAUUGACUGCCCGGAGCACUUUUCAAAUGGCAGAAAUUUCUCGUAGUCUUGAGGAUUUUAAUGAAGCUGAAGAAUAUUACGAAGAAGCAUGGGAGAUUGAGAAAUCCCUGGGACAAGGGAACCAUAGUGAAGUAUGGAACAGAAUCAUUAAGAGUUAUGAGGGAAUGCUUCGGGGGGAGAGAAAAAGGGCAUUCCAGAAGGAAGUCUUUGAGUUUUAUCAAAGAUGGUGGGACGAGGAGAAAAGUUUUGAAAGGUUUCACUUCUCUCAGGCCAACAUGAAGAUCAUUGAUGCUAUUAGCGAGCGGAUUGGGGAAGAGGCUGAUGUCAAGACAAGGAGAAAAUAUCAAAGUGAAGCCCUUUGGUUUUACGAAGGAGCUUGGAAUUCUCCAAAUACCAAGAUGCUGCCUUAUGAGCAGAGAGAACACAUCUUACAAACUUUGUUAAGGCUGUGUAAAGAAGCUAAAAAUAAAGAACUUUUUGAGAAAUAUCAAAAGGAAUCCUUUGGAUUCUACGAGAGAAGGUGGAAAAAGAACCGUUCAGAGUUGACAGAACGAGACAGAAUUGACUUGCUCACUACACUAGAAGAUCUGGCAACUUUACUUGGGCAUGAAAAGGAGGCGAAACAGUAUAAUAAGCUGCUACAGGUAAGAAAGGCAACCAUAGCUUAAGUGUAUGCAAGAACACCGUCGGCUACUAAUUUUUGUCAUUUAAGAAAAAAAAUAGAAAAAAAAGUGUUCUUACUAAAAGUGUGUUUGUUUUCAAAUAGAAAACCAAGCGGGGAUCAUCGUUUUCCUUGCGUUCCCUUAAUCCAUUCGCAAGAGCAGGUAUCAUCAUCAUCAUCAUUAUUAUUGUCAUAAAUAUUUAAACAUGCUGAAGGAAGGUCUUGCAUCUAUAAUUAUGAAAAAAAAUUAACAAAUUUUGCUAAAAGAUAAUUGCUCUGUUGUCAAAUACAGUAAGGAACAACGAUGUGGACCCGGCUGCAAGAUUUUAUAGCAGUUGUUGCAUUAAGUAUAACUAUAACUUUCUCCUGCAUGCGUGUUUCUGCGGGACAUUUCAUUUUUAUAUGGCUCCACCGUCUCCUAACUUGUGAUCGAUAUAACAUAUCUAUUAAAUUUUUCUCUUCUCAACUGAAAAAGGUGCAAAUUAGCUUAACUCUAUGCCGUAAACAUUCCACAUUGUGUUUAUCAGAGACGUCUCCUGACAACGAUGACGAUGAUGAUGACGACUACGAUGGUGGUAAUGAUGACGAUGACAGUGUAGAUGAUGAUUUUAAUGAAAACGACGAUAGUGGCAACAACGAUGGUGGCGAUGAUGGUGGCGGUGAUGGUGGUGAGGAUGACGCUGAUAAUGAUGAUGGAGAUGAAAACGACAAUAACAUGGACAUUUCUGGAGAUGAUGAGAUUACAGAAGAACACGAAUUGCCACAACAAAUUCAUGAACUUAGCCUGGAGGGACAAACAGAGGACUUGGAUGAAUCAGACUUAGAAAACGUUAAGCUACACGAGUAAAUAUACUAAUGUUCCUUUAGACCACUGUAAGAACACACUGACAUUGAGAAACCUCCACUCUGACUAAUCAUGCCAUUCAUUUUGCGUCAAGAGUUAUCUUAGUUUGCUACACAGCCGUUUUUAGUGUCGUCACGCUACGCUUCUGGGGAGGAGCGUUGCGUGACGACACUGAAAACGGCUGUGUAGCAGACUAGAGUUGUCUCUCAGAGAAAUGGGAAUUCGUUUGAGGGUAUGCACAGGUAAGGAACAGUAUAACAGUGCAAUCGGUAAUCCCAUUGCGAUACAUCUUCCUAUUGCAAGACUUUACGUUUUACCAUCUUCAAACAAGCAAGCUCGUUAGUUUCUGUGUUGCUGAAAAUAAUUGGUCAAAGUUACAUGAUAGGGUCAUACCUGCCUGAUAAUGCCCAUCUAAGCUCAACUUGGCAAAACGACCUUAUUACCUGUUUGGUAAAAAUGAGGGAAAUUUUCUUUUAACCCUUUUGAACGUUUGGGGAACUUUUUAUGCAAAGGUUAAUGAGGUCCGCUAAUUGAUGGAUUGUUUGAUGACUGUUUGAUUGAUUGAUUGAUUGAUUGAUUUUAGAGGUACACUUACUAGUGAAGGUGCCCACUGGGUCCUCAAACGAGGGGGCGCCCACAUUUUCUUCCGUCCUGACGCCGUAUCUGAGCCUACCCCAAUAGUGGUCCGCCGAUGGAAUUGCAAUGCACGUUCGCCCCCACUGCAAGAGCACGAGUCAGUUGUCAGCAAUGUUCUUGAGAUUUCGACCAUCACUGGCGAUGAACUGGAAUUCAAUGCUGAGGUGAAACUGGUUCUCUCUCACAGUGCGCCUGGUUUACAGGGCUACGAACUGGUGAUAAAGAGGCUGAUCGAUUGGGAAAGCAAUGAAUGGGAAGAAGUGGAUGGAACUGAGGACUUGCGGUGCUGGCAAGGUUUUUAAAUCAUUUGCUCUUUGAAUAGCAGUCCAUUGUCUCAAUGCUAGUCUUUAUGUAUUGGUUAAAUUACCUUCCAUACAUGUUAUAGCCAUACAAUUAUGGUCGUUUGUUUUGUGAUGUUACAGUCAGCUCUCUCUUAACGGACGCCGGGGGGGGGGGGGGGACUUUUGGAUUUUUUGGGGGGGGGUGGGCCCCCGGGGUCCCUGGACCCCUUAACUUAUCCCAGCCCGGUUUCGCUAAAUUUUUUUCCCCCUACUCUAGCAAACACCCCCCACCUCCCCCCCCCCCCCCCCCCCCCCACAUACAUGUUCUCCCUAAAACCCCCCCACCCCCCCCCCCCCCCCCCUAUCCUAGAGUAGCUGUUUCCCUAGUCUAGAUAAAAUCUUCAACCAACUGAUCAGUUUCCUGAAAAAUGAUACCCUAUUUUAGAACCAAAUGUUCUGAGUCAUAUACCCUAUCCUAGAGUAAACUGCUUGAAAUCCAUACCCUUCACAGCGGCACAUUCUUAUAUAGCCCAUAUAUGGCAGUACCCCCCCCCCCCCGGGGUAACGGACACCUCGCUAAAACGGACACCUAGAGCUGGUCUCUACUCCUUUAAAUUGACUCUUUAUAAGAUGGACAUCUCUUAUAAGCUGGUAUCUUAUAAGGUGUCAGUCAUAAAGGGAGUUGACCGCACAACUUCAUUAUUAGACACGUUAAGCAUGACUUUACGUCCAAUGGCAAACGCGAAUUUGUACCACGUGACCAAGUUUCCUCUUUACUAGUCGUUUACUUCUCAUCAUUUCUACUCCUAAAUUAGUAGAUUCGCGCAAUUUUUAUUCAUAAGAAUUGUUCUGAGCUGUUUUUAUCUGCUCAAUUUCUAUUUUGAGAAAUUCUCAACUUGAAUCUGGCGUUUGCCGUAUACGUGAAGCUUAAUCUCUAUUGCUUCCGUCGGUUCACACCUUAGGUGUUCCUAUGGAAGCAGUUCAAAUGUAUGAAAUUCAUAUAUUUAUUAGUUUGUCUUUAUCUUUCCCGGGUAAGUUAAGAGCCAAUUUAAUUACCAGCCCCGAGUUUGUUUCCGACCCAUUCAUGGGAUUCUGGAAACCGAGAAAAUUUUGCUUGUGGAAUCAGAAAUCCUGGGCCUUGGAAUCUGGAAUACAGCUCAAGGAAUCUGGAAUCCCACUAACGAUUGGAAUCCGGAAUCCUAGUUCCACUGACAAAUACUGGAAUCCAGUAUCUGAAAUCUGGACUGAUCCACGGCGUAGAAUCCAGAAUCUGAGGCUGUCUUGGAUUUCCUUACAUGGGAUGAUCAUAGUUUUCUUUCCUGCCUCAAUUUUUUUAGACGUUCUUUUUUUUUGCAUCUUCAACUGUGAUGAUCUUUUUUACAAUGAUAAUGAUAAUGAAAAAUAACACUAGCACUGUAUUCUUAUUUUGUUGUUUUUCAUAUGUCUUGUCUACAGACGUAGAAGAUAACUUUCCCUCUCACCAUGACAUCCCAGACUUUUUCUUUCCCGUUGCUCAAGCUGACAUAACUGAGUGCUCAACAUACGCAGUAGUUUGUCGUCUCAAGUCUUCUCCACCUUACACCAUUACACCUAAUGGCGGCUCAUUCAAUCACCCUGAUUAUCCUGGUGUGAUUAUUAACGUCCCGAAAAAGGCUGUUCGACCAAAAGCAAAGUUUCCUUUGGAAUUGAAGGUACGCACGUCAGUCAAUUGAAUAAUCUCUCUCUAGUUUUGUAUUAUUUACGCAUGCUAGGAUGACAGACUGAUGCGUGAAGCCAUCGCAGUGGUACAGUUAAGCUGUUUUCGCCGCGACUAGUGAGACUUGUUUCUAAGAAAACCUCAGGUUAUCUCAUCUCGACAGAGAGUGAAAAUUCGGCUACCUAGAAAUACUGAGGCACCUUUAUGGCGUCACUGCCACAUAACGAUAAAAUGCUACUUGUUUCGCUUGGCGAGAUAUGGCCUAAGAGAAAUCUAGCCAAGUUGUCAAAUCUCGAAGAAAAUAUUAGCAAUAUGAAUCAGACGUCACACUAGGGAUUUAAAUUUUUGUAGUUCUGUUGUCUUAUUCGUCUAGGUGCACGAAGUUCCAGCUGAAGAAUUCGAGGAGCAGGACCUGUUUCUUGGCCCUGUACUGCGUAUAACCUGCCCUCAACUCGUUGAAUUCUUGAAGCCCGUCACAAUUCAGUUGCCAGUAUCGCUACAAAGCGACCAGGAAGGAACUCCUGACCCCUCGACAUGCCGUGUCAGAGUAUUGUUCUUAAACUCGGAUGGCGAAAAUAAAGAAUGGAUGGAAAUUACUGAUGAUCUUAGAAGUCCUGUAGAUUUUGACGGGACAUUUGUUACGUUCCAGGUUGAACGUUUCUCUGGGUAAGAGGAAUUCCGAACGUUGUUUUCCUCACUGUUUUUGUCAUUUUUGCUCAUUUCUUUGUGAACUGAAAUAAUAGCUUAAUUUUAUAUGCAAGUUAAAGUGCAUUAAAAGUGUUGUUUUUGUCCAGUCUUUUAAACGUUCGUUGAUUCGCCACGUGCUUAUUAUUGCUCUUUAAACCACUAUACUUGUAAAGUUUCAUUGUUUUUGUUUGUUUAUUUGUUUGUUUGUUUCUUUCUUUGUCUGAAAAUGUAUUGCGUUCCUAGUGUAGUUGAUGUUUAUUUGUGUUUUCGUAGUAUUAAAUGGACCAUUUUUACUUGGUCAUUGUAAUAACGUCUUGCUGUAGUGAAGUUACAUCUUUUCCCUUAAUUCCAGAGGGGUGUUUUUCCCGAAGUAUCAACAGAUAUCUUGAGCAAUGCAGUGAUUACUGUUUGAUAUCUCUCUUUUAGAUACACUUGCGUUUUUGAAUGGUAUAGAGAGGAAUUCAGUGUUUCUGGAGUAAUUAGUUACAUGUCAAGCCUAAUUUGGACCCAGCCAAUACUAGCCGUUUUCUUCGCUUACUUUGAGGAACAUGAUCGUGCCCAUUCGCAAGAUGUUCUGCAUCUUAUCUGUUGUCCAGCUCACUUGAGAGAGGGAAUAAUACAAGAGCUGGACAAAAGAAACGUGGUACCGAGUGAGGGAAAUUCACGGAAGAAGAUGAUACCUGGGCGUGACAAAGCAUUUGUAUUUGUGUCUGGUGGAAUAAUUGCAGUAGAUGAAGAAAACAUGGACGAUUUUCACCUGAUGUAAGUUAGAAGGCGUUUUUUCUCACUAGACAGCUUUUCUGGGUGUUUCUUGGUGUGGCGCAAACCAUUGUUGCUUCGCUCAAGGGAGUCUGCAGCCUUCUAAACUUGUUCCUCUGUAGGGUGUGAAUUGCCUCUUAAAUCUAAGGGCUAAGGGUAUUAAUAUAGAUAACUUUUAUAUUUAUAUUCAGGUUUGAAAGCAACCUCCGCUACACCGAUCAACUGCAAGUUCGUUUGAUAAGCGACCAAGUUCUAUCCCAUGUGGAGUUUCGCAGCAGCCCGGAUCCUAAAGCGAAAAACCUGCUGUCUAAACUAAACUUUAGGAUGUCUUCAUUGAAAGUUGAUCACAAGGUAAGUCAAACCAACAGGGAUUUGCCCAAAUCACGUGUUUGUUACUAUGACAACUGGUAUGGCACUGCUCUGUUUGCUGCGGUUGACUGAGGAUUAGAGCAACCUCGUUACCAGGGUCCUUUGCUACACGGCCCCCAGAGCGCUCCGAGAACCCUGGGAACGAGGUUGUGAUUAUAGCUUCUCUCUCUUUUCCCAGGGCUCCGAAGAACGCCGUCCAGAAGUAUUUUUAUAUCAAAGCCUUUAUUACUUCGAAAAUUUAAGAGCUCCAUACUUAGCCUACGUAGCAGGCGCUGAUUAGUUGUUUUGCUAAGAUUUUUCUAGUGCGCGUGCGCAUCAUUGAUAUUUCCCCUAUCACCCUUAAAUAUACCGGCACCUGCAGAGCACUCUACGCAAUACCUUUCUCUGUAGGCUUAAAGGAAUGCUUAUUCUUAAAGUUAGGUUUUUCAAAUCAUGUCUACACAGACUCGUUCUUGUACGUGCUGAUAUACCAUUGUUCCCUAUUGCGAGAAAAUACUCUAAUAAAUUCUCCCCAUUAGAUGGAAAUUACAUCCCUAUAUUAAUUGCCGAUACUGGGUGUACGAAAAGAGCUGUUUGUCAAUAACUAGUUUUGAAACCAGAAUUAUAGUUUGUUAAAACACGAUCAGUUUGACGCCUAUUUCUCAACGUGCUGAACAUUAAACACCAGGGAAUUAUGAACCGUUGUAUUGUGUACGCUACCAACAGAGGAUUUAUACAAAAUUCGACCUUUCCCCAACCUUUUUCUUUACAGAAAACUCCAGUAGAAUUUUUUGGCGUGCCUUUGGAUGACGCACACUUACUGGAUGCUGACGUGGGAUAUGUUCUGGCAGCGUGUCGAGGUUUUGUAUCAAAUGAAUUAUAUCAAGAACAUUUUACCCGCUUAACGUCUGGAAAUCGAACACCUUCCCAAGUACUAAAGAGUUUCUUGGAGAAUUUCGCAGAACUCGACUCUGAACACCAAGAUGGCUGUUUCGACGCCAUUGUGAAAAUGCACGAGGAGAUGAACGAAGAAGGAUCUGUACAUGUAGUUAAACGUCUUCGGGAAGGUACAGUUUGCUAGACGGAAAUUAUAUACUGAGGUUAAAGGGACGUUAGGGAAAAAGAGGAAAAUAAAAAAUGGGAACAAAACCGAUCUUAAACCUAACCGUAUUACCUGAUUUUUUCCCACUAUUCAUUUCCGUGUUCCCCCUCCUCGUUUUAGUAACAUGUAUAGAACUCAGUUACAGUGGUACGCCGCUCGACGGACACCCGCUUGAUACUGACACCCGUCUGUAACGGACACUUUUGUUUGCCCCCGAGAAAUGCUCAUACAUUUUCUCUAAGACUACCCCACUUAAUACGGACACGGUUUAUGCGGACAGACACUCUUAUAACGUUAACCCCGGUGCACUGAGACCUGAGAACUGUCCAACCUCGUCCCCAGGGUCCCUCCUAAGGACGAGUAGGACAAGAGACUGGGAUCGAGGUCGCGAACUGUCUAUUUUCCUUGUCGCAAUCAUGCUCUAACAUUUGUCCAUCCUUCCUGUUGUUGUUUUUUUUCUUUUUUUUGAUAGCACGAAGGAAGGUUAUCGUGCCCUUAAAAAAAGAAACUGUGGUGAUCAAAAAAGUGUCACAAAAAGUGGGAUCAUCGUGGAGGAAACUAGCAAGGGAACUUAAGCUUAAAGAAGGAACAAUUAACAAUAUAUCAGAGGAAGAAAAAGAAAGCGAUGACGAGGAACGCUGCUAUGUAACACUCCAAACCUGGUGCAAGCGAGAAGGAGAGAGUGCGACCGUUAGGAAACUCAUGAUCGCACUAACAAGAAUAGGAAAAGCGGAAGUGAACAAUGACAUAAUGGAAUGUUUAGAUCUCUUAACCCCUGAUUAA